AUGUGGCGGCCGCUCGGUUCCCUGGGCCGCUGCCCGGCGCUGGCGCUGCUGCCGCUGCUGCUGCUGCCGCCCGCCGCCCGCGGCUCUCCGCGCCGGCCGCCAGCCACAGACACUGCCUGCAAAAACCGGCCCCUAGACCUCGUCUUCAUCAUAGAUAGUUCCCGUAGUGUCCGACCUGAAGAGUUUGAGAAAGUGAAAAUCUUUUUGUCAGAAAUGAUCGAUACUCUGGAUGUCGGUGAAAGAACAACCCGCGUGGCGGUCAUGAAUUAUGCCAGCACUGUCAAGGUAGAGUUUCCACUCCGCACCUACUUUGAUAGAGCAUCUAUGAAGGAGGCUGUGUCUCACAUCGAGCCCUUGUCUACUGGCACCAUGACCGGCCUUGCCAUCCAGACGGCCAUGGAUGAGGUCUUCACUGAGGAGAUGGGCACCCGGCCAGCAACCUUCAAUAUCCCCAAGGUGGUCAUUGUUGUGACAGAUGGACGGCCACAAGACCAGGUUCAGGAUGUGGCAGCAAGCGCCCAGAGAGCUGGCAUUGAGAUCUAUGCCGUUGGGGUGGGCCGGGCAGACAUGCAGUCCCUGAGGAUAAUGGCCAGCGAACCUCUGGAUGAACAUGUCUUCUAUGUGGAGACCUAUGGUGUGAUCGAGAAACUGACAGCCAAAUUCAGAGAGACAUUCUGCGCUGCAAAUGUGUGUGCACUUGGGACCCACGACUGCGAGCAAGUCUGCAUGAGGAAUGGUGGAUCCUACCUUUGUGAUUGCUAUGAGGGCUAUACCCUGAAUCCAGAUAAGAGAACCUGCUCAGCUGUGGACAUGUGUGCACCUGGCAGGCACGAAUGUGAUCAGAUCUGCGUGAGUAACAAUGGAUCCUAUGUCUGUGAAUGCCAUGAAGGCUACACCCUCAAUCCAGAUAAGAAGACUUGUUCAGCUGUCGACGUGUGUGCACCUGGGAGGCAUGACUGUGAGCAGAUCUGCGUGAGGGAUGAUCUGUUCUACACCUGUGACUGCUACCAAGGCUACACCCUGAAUCCAGACAAGAAGACUUGCUCAAGAGCCGUAACAAGCAGUCUUGUAACAACUGAAGAGUCCUGUAAGUGUGAAGCCAUAGCUGCCCUGCAGGACUCAGUCACCUCACGCCUGGAAGCUCUGUCCACAAAAUUAGAUGAAGUGUCUGAGAAGCUGCAGGCGUAUCAAGGCAGGCAGCAGCUUACAAAAAAGCAGUUGGUUUGCUAUUAUUGACAAAUGUCAAGAAGACUUCAGGAAAACACCAGUCUUGAAAUACAGUGACCUUGAGGAUUUUCACAUACAGUUGCUUUUUAACCAUACAGCUGCCUAUACCUGCUCUACUGUAUUUUGGCCUACAAAUAGUCCAGCAGGUACUGCUUUUCUGCACAAACUGGAUUUUAGUUCUCUUAUUCAAAAGUAAAUAUAGUAAAAAAAGGAAUGGAUACAGUAUAUCACUACAUAAAACUGUGAAAUGGCAAGGCAGAGUGAAAGAUGUACCUCUGUCUUCUGUCCAUUAAAUGGGAAAGUAAGUUUGGGUCUUGUAAUUUAUUUUAAUAAAAUAAAGUAUG